GUGUGAUCGGUAAUAAUAUCGGGCAUUUACCAUUCCUAAUUUGUGGUAGUUGGUGAAAUCUGGCGCGACUUUGUUUAAAUCGUAAAUUAUAAUUAAAAUUGAGUUGGGUAUGGCACGCGAAUCAAUUCUAACCUGGAUGCGGAGUCUGGGCGAGAAGGGGCGCUUUGAUGAGCUGGAACUGCUCAUUCAAAACACUCCAAUAGAAAAGUUAAAGGAAACCCUUAAAUCCACGAUGACACGCAGUGAGGGCAUAACAUAUUGGAACUACCUUCUCCGUGGCUUCAAUCCGGACAGCAAGGAUGCGCUGGCCAAGCGAUUCGAAUGCGUGCGCAGCUUCAUGGACGGACUGAGCAGCACGGAACUGAGCUACAAACAGACUUUCGAUCUGAUCACGCGCCUGUCUCAGGACCUGGCCACCUUUCCGUCCGAGCAGCUGGCCUGGAUAGUGGAGCACUGCAUGGACGGAAUACGCCAAGGAGACGCCAAGUGCGUCGGCUGGAAGGAUUUGCUGCCGGACGCGCUGUCGCUUCUUUUGGCGAGACCGCGGUUUCUUCUGAACGGCAUAUCCAUAGAUGGAACGGAAUUUAGGGACACCACCGUAAGGAGCAUAGCCACCAUGCAAUGGCCAGCCUCAAUCCUCACGCCAAUUGCCGACAUGUUCAAGACCAUUAAUCUUAGCAGUGGCGAAAUUGUGACAGUACUCAACAAAUUCUCUGGCGCCCUACAGGAGCUGUCGCCCAUGGAACUCCCAGCACUGUGCUUCCAGCUCUUUUCGGUGUGCAGCACUGCUUCCCAGUUGAUCAUUCCGUUGCUGGCCCUGGAGAAGUAUUUCCAUCGCAACUACUACAAACGGCUCUUCUCAGACAUGUGUAGCAACUCAACGAAUCUGGAUAGCAUUGACUUGUUCUCGGAUAAGGAACUAAGGGAGGCCGAAGAGACUAUACUGCAUCACUUGAACUACUGUACCAUGUACAAACUUACUGAGAAACAUUUGGCCAUAAUGCUGAGAAACUUCCUGCACAUGCCCGACGUGAUCCUUACUCCGUUUAUGCUCAGCGCCAUCAUCUCGAUGACCAGCAUUAAUCGCGACCCAGAGUCCGCCAGAAUAUCUCAUUCCAUUUUGCUACCUUUUCUGCGCAAUGUGAUCAAAAACAACGAAGAAGAGCGAACGUUAGCCGACUACUCCGUGUGGUAUCGGGAUACAUUGCAACGCAAGCAAGUUGAUUUGCAGCAGGUCUUCAUGGUGCUCAUUGAUCAGAACAAAGACGGCAAGGAUGUGAUAACUCCUGGGCUGGUUCAUCUCGUAUUUUACUUGCUGAAAUCGCAAUCGCCCAAGAUGCACGCAUUGGCCAUCACAUUUCUGACCAAGUUCAUUCGCAAACGAUUCAUUUUUGGACAAGGCAUCAUUAAGCUUAUUUCAGAGUGGAUGAUAGUAUACCAGGAUCAGAAUCAGUUCUCGGAAUGUCUCACACUUCUAAGUGUGGCUGAUACGUAUACGGUCUCCGAGUGCAUUAAACCAAUACAAUCUGUUUUGGAGCACAUGCAAUGGCUGUCUGGUGAGCAGUCCAUGCGCAUGAUGAACUUUAUUCUACCUUUGCUAAAGAUUUCCAAUCGCGUCCGUGAUGCGCUAAUUGAUGUACUUUGCAAAGCAAUGAGCUCAAGUGGUAUUCAAAAACGGCGAAUGGCGAUUUAUGGGUUCUGCAUGAUCCUCAAACAACUGAACAACAGCAAUGCUGUGCGCCAGACCUCAAGUGCCACCAGCUUCUGCACUCAACACAGCAUCUCUGGCUACUCCAUAAUGACCCAGAACACACUGGGGAGUCGUAGUAAUCCUCAAAGAAACUUCGACAUGCUCACGUUGGAAAUUAUUGGAAUGUUGCGAAACUGCUUGCAGCAACAAUUCGAUAUACGAUGCUCCCUGUAUGAGAAUCUUCAGAGAGCAGUGGAGCUGAAUGCUAAACUAGUGCCCCAUGUGCUGCAAGUUAUUGACUGGCACUUUCGCAGCUUCUUCGACACCCCAUCUGCAGAGGAUGCUGGUGACGAUUUAGACACAGUAUUCCGCAUUCGCUACGAUCAAUUGGUUAGCUCUAGCGACGAUCAACACAUGGAGAUUCAGCUGAAAGACAACCUGGGCAAGUUGAUUCAGUUUGUGGCCAACUGCUUGGCUAUUUUCGAUCGAGCUCCAUCGGGCUACGAUACUCGUGAGAUGAAUCGGCUCCUGAGUUUCUGUGUGGACCGUAUGGUGGCGAACAGAUUGCCCCUGGAAGAGAUAACGCCGCCAGCCACACAUCUAAAAUGCGCCCUCGUUCUGCAGCAACUUAAUAUUAUUGAAGGAAUAAUUUGCCACUUAUUGCUCAAAUCCAAGCCACAAAACAAUGCUGUUUGUCAAAUAUUGCCUCUUUUUAAUCAGCAUUGCAAGCUUUUGGAGAGUCUUAAAGCAUUAUCCGAUGCAUCCAAGAAAGCCUAUAAACAUUUGAAGCAAACGGCCAAGAAUAAUAGCGCAUCAACGUGCAAUUUGACCAUGAACGGCGUCCCGGUAAAGACCAUGUGCACACAGCCUGAUAAUAUUUGGGACUUGGCCAUAUUGGAUAUGCUGCUGCAUCUCCUGCUUGAUGACGUCGUAGCCUUUGCUGCUCCAGAAAAAACAGUUCUCUUGCGCUCCAAUGAGCCCCUCGUCCGGUAUGUUUUGUCCGUAACGGCCAGCAGAGUGGAGUCUAUACGCCUGGAGCCCGAUUAUAAGCAGUUGGCCUACAGUAAGCGCACCUUUAAGCAAUUGACGGACAUUACAAAGGUCAUUUACGAGCGCUGCAUUCAACGCUUGCCGGAGCUGUGGAAAAAUUUCGACAUGCAGAGCGCCGCCCUAGCCACUCAGUGUUUUUCGGAAUGCCUAAAAACAGCUCAUGAAACGUACUCAAAGAAGUUCGAAGAUUUUGUCAAGUCAUUUGAUAUGGCAUCUAUAAAGGGAAGCAGAAACAAGGAAGUGGUUUACACAGUUCAGGAUGUUUUAGACGACUUUAUGAUGGAGUACGGCACUGAUGAUUCGAUUUGUAAAAAUGAGUUCGUUUCCAAAUUGCCUGUUUACCUCUUGGAGUCGCUGGAAAUUCUUUUGGAUCACAUUGACUACCAGGAUCGUGCUGCAACCGAAUCGUACACUUGGCUGCUAAAUUUUUGCAGCAAAAACGAGAUUCUCAAUAGUGAAAUGGGUCUGGUGCACAGAAUGCUAUUCGUUCAGCGGCAAAAGACGCACUUGGGUCCCUUCUUCGACAGUGUUGCCAGGCAAUUGGGUCACGUACUGGGCGUACAAAAUGAAGACGUGCCCUCAGACUCUGUGGAGCUAAGUCUGAAGUCCAUAAGUACAGUGACCGUCGAGAGUUGCCUACAGCAUCUGUAUGCUGCCGUACAAAAGCAGUUAAACGAUGUGGACUACUUUGUGACCAAAGCCAACAAUCUAAACUACAAAUGCCAAGUGGUUCCUGAAAUUGACCAGAUAUAUUGGCGAGGCAACCUAGAUUCCAUGGAUCGUUCCAUUUGCACACAAAUAAUCCAUAUAUCUCGCACUUUGCUGGUGCUUACAAACGUUUGCAUUCCUCUUGGUUCUUUGAUGGACGGUCUUAUGAAGUUGUUGAUUCAGCACUACACUUGUUUGAAAAGCCUGACCAAGCACUACAUAUCGAGCUACACAUCAGAUACGUCCAUGGAGAACAUUCGAAGCACCAAAUUUGAACUUCUGCUACGUGGAGUUGGCAAGCAACUUCCUGCGAAUGUUUACGAGCUCAUCACUUACAUAGAAGCUAAUACCCUGGAUGAGGAAGCGCAGCAGCAUACAAAAAAGCGAAAGGUUCAAGCAGAACGUGCUAAAGUUCUGAGGGAGACUCGGUUAAUUCCCAAGGUUAUAAUGGUUAUCGAGGACUUUAACAAGCACAUUAUUUUACUGUCCAAAAAAACCAAAAGCAAGAAUAGGCUUACGGACUACCUCCAUUUGGGGACCAUGCGCGACUUCGAUAUCAAGUCGACAGAUUUGAGGGCAGCUAUAGAGCGUAGUAUCUCGGAUGGCCGCAACAUUUCCACCGAAGACAGUAAUGCUGACGAUCAGGAUGAGGAUGAGGAUGAAAAUGAGAAUGUAGAGGAAGACGAUGACGCUCAGUCCACCACGUACCCAGAGGACUUGGAGGAGCAGGAAGAUGAAAGCUUAGUCGUAGAGAAGAAGAAGGAAAGGCGCAGAAGACGUGCACCUAGCAGUGAAGAAGAGGAUCCACAACCCAAACGAAAAAGGGGCCGCAAAGCUGCAGAGCAGCUGGAAGCUGAAGCUGAAGAUGAAGAGGAAGAGGAAGAGGAAGUCGAGGAAGAGCAACCUGAAACGACUUCAAAAUUAAGGCGAAACAAAAAAGUGGAGCCGAAAACCAAAAGAAGUGUGGCUAAAGCUACUAAAAAACCCGAGGAGCAGCCAUCCCACGAGAGUCGUACUACGAAAAGGUCAAAAGCCCAAGCGGAAAAGCAAGCAGCGGAGCCAGCCGAAGAAGAGCUUUGCGUUCCCGAAGUGCCCGCUGAGAAGAAGAAACCUGGUCGUAGACUGGGAAUACCUCGUACUGUAAGGAAAUGAUGUUUUGUUAAAAAAAGUAUAGGCUUUUUAUUGGCAAAUAUUUAUGUAUUUAAGUAAUGCCAGUCAUUUCUUAUUCAAAAACUGUUGCGAUUAGCGCAAUUUUCACAUGUUCAAAAAGAAAAAUUGUUUAAUGUUUUUGUGAAUAUUGUUAAUUUAAUAUCAUUGGAAUUUCAGCUACCUAAUCUCGGUAAAUUAACAGAGUGAUCCCAUUAUUUGUUAGUACUGCAAAUAAAAAAUAUUUAUAAGUAUA